CUACAUCCUCCCAACAAUAAUGCAACCAAAAGACACCUUCAUCUCCCCAGUCAUCUUCUCAGUUUUGAAAAUUCGCAUACAUCAGGGGAAUAUUUGGAAAAGAAGAGAAAUUGCACCACAAACCACUCAUUCUCACUGAGAUCCUGCUGCUGCCCUCUAUAAAUGAAGAGACAAAAAUUUGUUCCACACUUGGCAACUAAAAGAACAGCCCUGAAGGAUAAACUCAUCAACUCCAGUACAUUUGUUGAAGCAGAAAAAAUUGGCUCAAAUUCUGCAGGUAAUAAACCAGAUAACAAGUGCCCCAGAAAUAAGGUUCCAUUUGCAACCUCCAUUAACAUCCCAAUAAUAUGUCACUCUCCUGUAUUGAACUGCCUGGUCAAAAUCUCUCAAAGCCAGAACUAUUGAAAGAAACUUUAGUAGCUAAGAGUCUAGCCAGAAUAAGGUGUCCAACCCAUUCGAGACACAGGAUUGAAGACCCAAUUCAAUAAUUGGAGCAGCUUUUAUCAGACCCUCCAUAUCACAGACUGCUUAGUAAGAAAAUGCCUGCCUAACAUAGGCAGAGAAGCCAAACUAGCACCCUGCAAAUUCCGAAUUUCUAAACCCCCUUGCCUCUUCGGAGCAGUCACAAUACUCCAAUUCACCAGAUUCAUCUGUUAUCUUAAAAAGAAAAGUAAUAUUUAUUUUUGGUUAUACAGCAGGACACAGGCACAUCAAAGAGUCAAGGAACAAGCUACUGAAUCAAAGUCAAUAGAACCCAAAUGCCUCAAAUUCAAUCUAAACAUAAAAGCACAACCCUUUUCUCAGAAUAAACAAAGCUGAAUUCCCAUCUAUGCAUUCACGAUUCAGCAUAUUUCAAUGCAUGCUAUGCUACUUCACGAAAAUUAAGCAGAAAAAGCUCAAUUGCCUCUCAAACGCCAUAAUUUUGCCCUAUCAUCUCUUUUACUUCACACAAUUAACCACAUCUUUCACUGCUUUCCCGCCAACUGUAACAGUAUCACCACAACAUUAUCGACCAUGCCUUCAGUUUUCCCGUUGGACUCAGUUGCCUACACAAAACUAGUACAAUUCUCUUCAAAAUCUGGGUCUUCAAUCCAUGGAAAGCUUGCUCAUGCCCACAUGAUCAAAACUGCUUUCAAUCCCUGCCUCUUCCUGUUAAAUAAUUUUCUUAACCUGUAUAGCAAAUGGGGGGAAAUGGGUAAUGCUCAAAAACUGUUCGAUAGAAUGUCUGAACGAAGUGUUAUUUCUUAUAAUAUUUUGAUUUCUGGGUACGGCGGGAUGGGUUUUUAUCACAAGGCUAUUGGUUUGUUUAGUGAGGCUAGAAUGGCUUGUUUAAAGCUUGAUAAGUUCAGUUACGCUGGUGUGCUAAGUGCUUGCGGUCAGAUAAAGGAUUUUGCAUUAGGUAAAGUCAUUCAUGGGUUGGCUAUUGUUUGUGGAUUGGGUCAGCAAGUUUUCCUGACCAAUUUGCUUAUUGAUAUGUACUGCAAAUGUGAGAGAAUUGAUCACGCAAGGCUUUUGUUUGAGUCGUCUGAUGAGUUGGAUAAUGUUUCUUGGAAUUCUUUGAUUACUGGGUAUGCCAGAGUUGGUGCAUACGAGGAAAUGUUGAAACUUUUGGUGAAAAUGCAUCAUACUGGAUUAAGAUUGAAUGCUUUCACACUUGGAAGUGCCUUAAAGUCAUGUUAUUUGAAUCUUAAUAAUAUGGUUAGUUAUGGUAAAACACUUCAUGGAUAUACUGUCAAACAAGGGCUGGAUUUGGAUAUUGUUGUUGGGACUGCUUUGCUUGAUAUGUAUGCAAAAACUGGGUAUUUGGGUGAUGCAAUUCAACUUUUCAGAACAAGUCCUAAUCAAAAUGUUGUGAUGUAUAAUGCCAUGAUUGCUGGAUUCAUCCAGACUGAGGAUAUAGAUAAAGAAUGUGCAUAUGAAGCACUUAAACUUUUCUCUCAGAUGCAAAGGCAAGGGAUAAAGCCCUCAGAUUUUACAUUCUCAAGCAUUAUCAAGAUUUGUAACCAUAUUGAAGCAUUUGAGUAUGGAAGACAAAUUCAUGCCCACAUCUGUAAGCACAACAUUCAAUCUGAUGAAUUCAUUGGGAGCACACUUAUUGAGUUGUACUCCUUAUUGGGUUCAACUGAGGAUCAGCUAAAAUGCUUCAAUUCAACUCCCAAGUUAGAUAUUGUCUCAUGGACGACCAUGAUUGCUGGUUAUGCUCAAAAUGGGCAAUUCGAAAGUGCAUUAGCUCUAUUUUAUGAACUGUUAGCAUCUGGAAAGAAACCAGAUGAGUUCAUAAUAACAACUAUGUUGAGUGCAUGUGCAGAUGUAGCUGCAGAAAGAUCUGGGGAGCAGGUCCACGGAUAUGCAGUGAAGACUGGCAUUGGGACCUUGGCCAUUGUUCAAAAUUCACAAAUAUCCAUGUAUGCAAAGUCUGGCAACUUAGAUUCUGCCAAAAUAACAUUUGAGGAGAUAAAGAAUCCUGAUGUGGUGUCCUGGUCUGUGAUGAUCUGCAGCAAUGCACAGCAUGGACAUGCAAAGGAUGCCAUUAACCUCUUUGAGUUGAUGAAGAGUUACGGAAUUCAUCCAAACCAGAUCACGUUCCUUGGAGUUCUAACUGCUUGUAGUCAUGGAGGGCUUGUUGAGGAAGGACUGAGGUACUAUGAAAGCAUGAAGAAAGACUAUGACAUGAAAAUUAAUGUAAAGCACUGCACCUGUAUUGUUGACCUCCUCAGUCGUGCUGGAAGACUGCUGGAUGCCAAAAAUUUUAUUUUAAACUCGGGUUUUGGAGAUCAUCCAGUGAUGUGGCGAACACUGUUGAGUGGUUGCAGGAUUUAUAAGGAUAUUGUUACAGGGAAGCAUGUUGCAGAGAAACUAAUUGAGCUUGAUCCUCAGGAAUCUUCAUCAUAUGUUCUUCUUUACAACAUUUAUACAGAUGCUGGAAUUGAUUUACCUGCCACAAAAAUAAGAGAACUAAUGAAAGAUAGAGGAAUUAGGAAGGAACCUGGUCAGAGUUGGAUUGAGGUAGGAAAUGAGGUUCAUUCUUUUGUGGUGGGUGAUAUUUCUCACCCAAUGAGUCAAAUCAUUUACAAGAAAUUAGAAGGAAUGUUGGAGAAGAUAAGGAAAAUAGGUUAUAUUGAUCAGAAGAUUCAGAAUGUUACUAUUUCCACAAAAGAAGUCAAGGGUACAUUGGGGGUGAACCACCACAGUGAAAAACUAGCUGUGAGUUUUGGAAUUGUUAGUUUACCACCAUCAGCUCCUGUGAAGGUGAUGAAAAAUUUGAGGGUGUGCCAUGAUUGUCAUGCAACAAUGAAGCUCAUCUCGGUAGUGGAAAAGAGAGAAAUAAUCCUUAGAGAUUCACUUCGUUUUCAUCAUUUCAAAGAAGGUUCUUGUUCUUGUAAUGAUUAUUGGUGAUUGAAGUAAGCUAUUAUACAUCGCCAAUCACCCUCUUAAAUGAUUCCAAAAACAAUAAUUUUGUUGCUACAAAAUGAUGAAUAGUGUGGAAGAAUCCCACACUUAUAAAAAUUUGAAUUCACGGGUUGUACCAUUAUCUAGGGAAGUGGGCCAAGCUUAAGCAGAAUCUGGAAGUGAUAGAAAAACAAGUACUUGAUGUAUGAAAACCAUGUCGAAACUCUGAAUGGAUAGUAGAGACCACAAGUGGGAUGUAGAAUCACCAAGGAACCACACCAGACACAAACACAAACCCAGCUGGUCCCGUGUCAAGUGGAUUCUGCAACAUGUUAACUUGUAUAAUGCCAUUUGCAAAAGCCAGGUUUCAUUUGAAUUACUUUCAGCAAGAGAUGUAUGAUUCUUCACUGUCCCAUUUGAACAUUUCAGACCCUUGCCUUUCAGACAUUGAACUUAUACAGGUAUGUGAUAAACCUCAAUGAUUUUUCUUUGUCCUGAAUAUCAGCAAGAAAUGUGUGAAUUUGAUUUCUGACUGUCACAUUUGAGCAAAUUUAGACCCCUUCCUUUUGGACAUUGCAUUGAUGCAGGUAUCUUAUUACCUUAAUGCAGUAUUAAGUUGCACUUCUGACUAUUUCCUAAGAACUUCUGUGGUUCCUAGUCACAAGCAUCAGUAGGAAAUGAUACUUGUGACUAGGUUUCAUAUGCAUUGAGCCACUGCUAACAAUUUGUCCCUUUUAGCUUUAGGCUAUUGAAUGUUGUUGACAUGCUUUUUCUUCUGAAACUCUGUUUCUGGUGCUAUAUAUUACAUUAAUGAAUUUUUACUAGCAAUAUUAGGACAUGAGAGUGUAAACUCACCCCAAGCUGAUCUACUCCGUUCCCAAGUGAAGAAAGCAUGUGGUUGCAUUCUGUCAAUAGAGAUACCUCAAAAUUAUAAGGGAAAUUAGAAAGACCACUGGUUGGAAACCAGUUCUAUGAAGUCUUUCCCGUGUUAUAUCCUCUUGAGAUCUGCUGAAAGGCUGCUUAUUUUGAGGAUACCACCAGCCUAGAAAAUUAGAACCCAAUAGGGGAAACGUGACUUAAACUGGAUUAGAUAAGCAUAUAUACCUAUUUCGGAGAGCUAUGCAUAUUUUAUUCCUCUCCAUUGAUUCAGAAAGAUUCUUUUACUCGUGGUAAAUACUCGACAUUUUUUACAUGCCUUAAGUUGUUUACUAGGAUUCGCAUAUAUUAUUCUUGGAGAUGCGUUUUUCAACAAUUUAAGAAUGAGGGGAAGACAACAUAAAUAAGAUGAUCAGAUGCAAUGGUUUUUGGGUUUUUUCCCUAACCUUCAGUAAAUUGACUUUAAAAUGAAUUAUGCAGGUCUUUUCUCUUCUCUUGAAACUUUUCAGUCAAUCCUCUUACUAGAAUGACUGCCUCAGGUGCCAAUCUUUCUGGCAACAAACCAAAUUGGUUGGUGAUAGUUGCUUCAUUCCAUAUUUAAGUUCCAUCUCUCUUUCAUAUAUUCUUAUUCAGCGACUUAUGAACUUGAUACGCAUAAGUUUGAGAUACUUUUGAACAUCUUCUUAUUGUUAAAUAUAGUAAAGAAGGGAAGUAGUGGAAAGGGAUUUACAGGACCUAGAUCUGUCUGAAGAUGGUGACUAUAGGACUAAGUUUGUGUUGUCUUGACUUUUAAAUAAGAUGACUUUGUUUACUUAUUAUAGAAAAAGAAGUGAUUUUUUUUUUACCUUAUCAAUUUGAGUAUUUAAAUGUCAUCCCAAGGAUAAUCUGUUGAUUCUUUUCUGAGACUGAAAGAUACACGAUUCAGAACUUUUUCAUUGUAUUGAACACAUUCUUUUCCAUUUGUCCCUUUACUGGUGCAUUAAAAUCUAGAAUGUGAAGAGGAGAUAAUGCAAAGAAGGAAGAUGCCAGUUGAGGAAUCAGCAUAAUACCUGGUUUCAGUUCUAAUAAGUAGUAGAAAUGCUGUUACCAUUGUAGCUUCAUUGGAUCUUAUUAUCGAACGAUAACUUAACAAUGUUACUUCAGAUCAAAAGAAAAGGUUACAGGCAAUUACUUGAGACCAAGAGACAAGGUAAUACAGGCAAUUUAUUCUAUUUCUUUUUUUUCCUUGUGCAUAUGAUAUUUAAUAAUUGUUACUUUUACAUGCCACUAAAAUUAAUUUUUCCAUACUGUUCUCCGCAGAUAGUAAAGCUAAUUUCCUGACUUCAUUUUGAAGAAGUCACAUUUGUUACAUCUGUUCUUGGAUUUUUCUGUUGGCAGUGACAAUGCUAGAAAGUGACAUUGUACUGUAAUCAGUAAGAAAAGUGUAACCUUAUGCAAUUUCUUAUCAUCAUUUUCUCUUUAAGAUACACAAAGGCUUCUUCUAUCUUUUAUUGCCUUUCUACAGUCCGGGCCCUAUUCUCCUCUUAAACCACCAAGGAAAAGAGCCAUGCACCUUUUAUAUUAAUGGCAUACGUAUAUUCUCUUCAUCAGUUUCUUUUAAGCCUUAUGGGCAUAUUUUGCAUUACCAUUAUCUGUUCAGAUUCAUUCCAUGGUUAUCCAUUGGAACUGUUUACUCCUUACAUCUUUUGAUGUACCUUGUCAAUGAUGUUCAAAAGAUCGAGCAUGCCUUCUCUUCUUAAUUGCAAACUUUACUGGAUGCAGUUGAUAUCACAGCAGUUGAGAAGAAACUUUUGGUUUACUUUGGGUCUAUUUCUGGAAAUGAAAGCCCUAUAAUCAUUCUUCUUGCUUUCUGGGGUAGUUUUUGGAGAAAUCCUUUUGCUGCUGGAAGACCUAGCUGUUUAAAACAAGUUGCAAAUGUACUCGGG